UCACUUUUCUUUGUUCAUUCAUCAUUUAUCGCCGCGUGGAAUAUUUUUUCUAUCUUUGUAAAAGCUGGAGGCUCGGUGCCUUAUACUACGAUUGCCGGACCGACUUCUGCUUUUGAUUCAGCCUAAGAAUACGACUGCGACUUUGACAGUCGACUCUAGGCUUGUUUAGGAUGUUGGGGUACAUGAUUCCCACACGAUAUCCACAUCCACGUUCCCCAUCUCACCUCAACUAGUUCUCUUUAGGCCUAUACCUGGGAUAAUAUGCUUGUGCAAUGAAUUGUUGUUGGCAGAGACAUACGAAGGGCCGAGGAGACGGUACGUGGUGACUCCGGAUUCCGGUGGAAACUGCAAUAUUUACUGUUGAUUUGCGCCAUAACGAAUAAACAUUGGGUUUUCACCUAGGUGGCUACUAUUUUUAUGUGUAAGCCGGUAUGGUCCUAUACACGUAACUAUUUUCACGAUGCUGUCGGGAUUGCUAUUCGUGGUCUUCGCCAUCGGAGCUGUAGCAACUCCGUCUCCGCAGACCCUAGACUCCAGUCUUACGUUGCUAAUUGACAAUGAUCUACAAGGGGCGAGUAGCCCUGUAUCCAACUCCGGGGUUUUGCUGCUAGAAGCGCGGUCGUUAGAGAACGCUGGCAAGACAUGCGAGGCGGUGGGCGAACAGCUCUGGUCGCUUAAGUUAGGAACGAAAAGUAUCCAAGCCAACUUGAAUUAUCUCAAGUAUGUAGACCCCGAUUUGGGUCUCUCGCAAUUCUGGGUUGCGUCUGGGAACCAGUCGGCUCGGGCUAUAGACAUAUAUGGUCGCAUAGUUCAUGCAGAACCGGAGGCCAAGCUCCCGGUUUUAUGCUCCCAGUCAGCACCAUUUUCCAACGUGACGGCUCAGGAUACGGGCGAGAGAUGGCAGGUCACUGUGAAUUCCAACAAUGAAUUCCUUACGGGGUACCGUGACCGCCUGAGUUUUCGCUUCUUAGGGGUUCGAUAUGCACCGCAACCUAAGCGGUUCACAUAUUCUGAGCCUUACGUCGGCAAUGGGGGUGAGGUUUCUGCAUUGGAGUAUGACUCUCAGUGCGUUCAGGCAGGGAAUAUCGGGUCUGAAGAUUGCUUGUUUCUGAAUAUUUGGACUACUCACAUUCCAGCCAAGCCUACUACUAAAAAGCUCAAACCAGUCAUGUUUUGGAUACACGGAGGUUCGUUUAUAAACGGGGCAGCAAGCGAUCCUACGUUCGACGGAGGCAAUCUAGCGUCAAGGGGCGAUGUCGUCGUGGUUACUGUCAACUAUCGGUUGAAUACCCUCGGAUUCCUAGCCUUGAAUGACGGUGUCACUAAUGGUAAUUUCGGCCUUGCUGACCAGGUUAACGCUCUUGAGUGGGUACGGAAGAAUAUCAAGGACUUUGGUGGUGACCCUGAUAGGAUCACCAUAUUUGGACAGUCUGCCGGCGCGGGGAGUGUCCAAGCCCUGAUAGCCUCCCCAAAGUCGAUCGGCAAGUUUGCAGGGGCUAUACCCGUUAGCAAUCUUGCCAGUAAAGAUCCCAGCACGGGCUACACGACAUAUUACACGAUCGAAGAGGAAGUCGAGGCGCUAGGAAAUACUAUCUUGAAGGAAACUGGUUGUGCGAAUGCUACGUCUCAAGUAGACUGCCUGCGGUCUAUAUCACCUCAUACUCUCGCGGGAGGCCUAAGCACCUUUGCUAGGUCCCCGGUUGUUGACGGGACAUAUCUCACAUCCGACAAACUUCAACUCGAAGGGCCUACGCUUCCGGUUCGUAUCAUGAUGGGAACCAUUCGCGACGACGGCGGUCCAUUCAUCAGUUACCCUACGACGACGAACCAGACAGAGUAUCUUACAUCCCAAGGCUACGACCUGCCGCCGCCAGACCUCUUCCCAAUUCCCAAUAUAGAGAACAAGACUUUAGCUCUGUUCAACAUGGCCACUCGUCUUGUUACAGACAGUAUUUUCCGAUGCGGUAAUCAAGCUACAGUGUUCAGCGGUCUCCGGAAUAAUCGAUUCCACCCCGUCUACUUCUACGAGUUCAACAGGACCUACCAGCUUCCAGACUGGCCGAAGCUCGACGCCUGCGAGCCGCCCAAGACAACCUCUCGCCCCCACGGUGAUCCGAACGGCGAGUAUCUCAAAUGUCAUUCAGGCGAGCUAUACUACAUCUUCGGCAACCUAGCCCGACAAGGCCUGCCUAUGCGGGACGAAUUUGAUUUAUUGUUCGAACAGUUUAUCCUGGACUCUUUCAGUUCGUUUGCAAGAUCGUUCGAUCCUAACCCCGACGUCGAGUUUCUUAAGGCUAGGGGUUUCCAGAGCACGUUAGGGGAAAUCGAACGCUCGGGGAGGUGGCAGCCCUCCACCUCGGAAGGGGCGAUGACAAGACGGAUCUUGCAAUGGCCCGGCGUUCAGGGGCCGUUUACGGAGGCGGAGCAAUGCGAGUAUAUAGGUUUGGCUUGGGACCAGUAGGUACCUAAGCUAUGUAUAUCGUACGUGUCACUAUACAGAAUAGACUUC